AUGGAAGGAGAUACUAAUACUAAUACAAAUAGUAUUAGUAAAAAUGAUGAUAAUAGUCAUAGUAGUAGUAGUACACUUUCAUUCAUAGAUGCAAUCAACCCAUUCAUUUGUCUUCCUCCUCCUCCUCGACCACUACCACCACCAACAAUAAUAAUAGAUGUUGAUGAUGAAGAUAGUUAUGAUGAAGUAGAAGAUAAGGAUAGUGAUGAAGAAGAAGAGGAUAGUGAUGAAGAAGAAGAUAGUUUUGAAAAGGCUAGUUAUGAUGAAACUAGUUCAGAGGAAGAGAGGAAAAAGGAAACGAAAUCAUCAUUUCAAUACAAUGGUGAAUUGAAAGAGUUGGAGAAGUUGAUACUCAGUUCAUCGUCGGUUGUAUUGGGAGACUAUUAUUGUACUGGGUCUUCAUUGAAUAUGGUCAACAUGCCUAUCAUAACGAUAGAGGGUGUCGACGGCGUACUCAAGUAUCCCAUUCAACCUGCUCAAGUUCGACAAUUGGUUGAAAAGGCAACUAGAGCACCGUAUGGAAAGGGUACAGAGACGUUAGUGGAUCUGUCAGUUCGAAAGGUUUGGCAAAUACCCUCGACAGAUAUAGAGAUAGAGUCAGCAUCAUACACACAUUUCUUUAACAAUACAUUGGUUGAGAUUGGAAAGAAACUUGGGUUAGGUGACUCAAUAGUAACAGCAGAACUGUAUAAAAUGUUGGUCUAUGAAGCUGGUGGUUUCUUCUUACCACAUCGUGACUCUGAAAAGGUGGAUGGUAUGUUUGGAACACUUGUCAUAUCACUACCAUGUCAACAUCGAGGUGGAGAGUUGGUGAUUGAUCAUCACGGUAAAUCAACAACCGUGUCAUUGGAGAAUGACACUAUGUCACAAUGUAAAUACGUUGCAUUCUAUGCUGAUUGUAGACACGAGGUUAAACCAGUCACUCAAGGCAACAGAGUAUGCUUGGUGUACAAUUUAAUGAGAAAUGGUAGAAAUAGGUUGGCUGAUGGAUCACUAGUCCAUUCAAAUUCACAACAUGUAAAUUCUCAAUUAAUUAUUGAUAAUGUUGCCAAUACCAUUCGUCAAGUAUUUGAUCGAUACAACGAGAUUAAAGAACCAAUCAACUUUAAUAACAAAAGACCAUCAACAACAUCAACAUCAUUUACAUCAUUUACUUCAGACCCAUUUACAACUCUACAAGUCAGUACAACACAUUAUAAAAACAAUCUUCCACGUCUCACAUAUGCACUUGAUCAUGUCUAUUCAACUGCAUCAUUUUCACUUGCGUCACUCAAAGCUGCCAAUCAAGCAAAUGUUCUUGUAACUCUUGGUUUUAUUCAUAUUAAAGAAAAAGGAUUUUAUGAAAAUUAUGGAUUUGCUGAAGAUUAUGAUUUUGAUAGAUGCAUAUAUAAAUUAAUUAAUCUUAAAAGAAUCGUUGGAGAUGAUGGAGAUUUACAAGAUGUCAUCAUUGAACCAACCAUGGAACUAUUUCCAGACGGGUCGAUGGAUGGAGCCAAACCAUUUGAUGAAGAGAUUAAAGAAGCUACUGGAAAUGAAGGUGGAACUUAUUCUAGAUUGUAUCAUAGAUCAGCAAUAGUUUUAUGGGAUUUAAGAGGAAAAGGAAAAUGGUAUAUGAAGAGUAUAUCACAAGUAGAGAAAAUGUUAAAAGAUUCAUUGGAAGCUGACAAGAGCCAAACCAACACGAUUAAUAGUAUAACAGAGAUUUUGGACAAUUGGGAUAUAUGGCGUAAAAACAAAGAGAAUGCUCCAGACUUUUUGUCGGGACUGAUUGACAUUGUUGUUCAAGAGGUUCCCUACACAGAAGAGUCCAAACCAAUGUUUGAACAAUUCAUUCCAAUUGUGAUAAAGACAAGAAAGAAAAACUACGAUUUUGUACAACCAUGGAUUACCUUUUUCAUUCAUAUUGCAACACACGACUUUUCAUACUUGGAAGAACUGUCAGAUAUUGAGGGAGGUGAUCUGCUCAAUUUUGACUCACAGUUUAUCGAUCACCUAUUCGACACAGACAACACACCACUAGAAGAUGAUAAAAUAGAGCAAAUUGCAAAUCUUGUCAUCGACCAUACCAUCUCUCAUCAUUGUGCCAGAGAAUUACCAAAGGGAUAUAUUCGAGCAGUGGAAAUAUUCAAAAGACAUACACCUUUGCAAGAGUAUAUUAGUGAAUUGAAAGAAAUUGUUUCAGACGAGUUGUUAAAAAAGGCAUUGGGGAAUACAACGACCAUGACAAUAGAGAUGUACGAGUUGUGGCUAAAUGGAUCAGAGUUGGUCAGUAAAGAGUCUGUCAAAACUAUGGUAACAUCCUACUACAACCAAUUCAAACAAAUGACCAAUGAUAAUUCCAACACAAUCCCAAUGUUCAAGACUUUGAUCAAACUGUACGAGACAAAUGACAAGGUUGGGGUUGGUGAACUUGUUUCGAUGGAUUCAAUAGAACAAGUUAUGACGACUGUUGUGGCACCCUUUAUUGUCAAACAAGCAUCUGCCUUUACAAAAGAUAAUUAUAGCUACUCGAAACAACCACCACCAAAAGAACCAAAUGAACUACAAAAGAAACAAUUUCUCGAUUUGGUUGCUGACACUCUCAAGAUGUUGGCUGUCUAUCCAACAUUGUCAUUGGUUAUUAUCACUGCGCUUUGUAAUGAUCCUAGUGUCGGUCAAUCCCACAACUCAUUCUUUACCAAACUAUUUCAAAUACUUACAGCAGGUGGUGCAGGUGGUGCACAACAACAACAAUCAACCAUACCGACUACUACAAUCAUUGCUACUAUUGCCAACCAAGCUUGUCUUGAAGCUAUCCAAGCCAUCAAAGCACUACCACCACUACCUGCACCUGGAUCAAAUGACUACUCAUUGUUUAAACUACCGAUUUGUUGUAAAUUUUGCAGUCAAUUGAAUAGUUUUAUUGUAGAUCCUACAUUGACGUCGGUUUCAACCAAAGGAACAGCAGCUAAUCGAAGUCAUAUGGAAGGUCUAUUAAAAGCAAAGAAAUACUUUACUUUUAAAACUGAAGGUCUCAAAGCACCAUACUGGCUCAUCGUCACCAAAGCAAACCAUCUUGUCGAAGCAGAGAGACUACGACAAUCAGGAUACUAUAGAGGGCUCCAAAGCCUAAUGGCCUAUCAGAAUAUGCUACCCAAUCCAAAUAAUGAAACUCAACAACAACACCAACAACAACAAAAUAUCAUAAAUAAUAAUAAUAAUAUUUAUUUUAAACAACAACAACAAAAUUUAAUGAAUCAAACAAAUACUACUACUACUAAUAUAAACCAACAUCAACAACAACCUAAUACUAUUCAUAAUCAGUAUUUUGUUAAUCCACAACAACAACGACAACAAAUCAAUCAUCAACAAUUUACUAAUACUCCAAAUAAUAAUAAUAAUAAUAUUGUUUUUGAUGUUGAUAAUCCAUCCAUCGAUGAUUAUCCAUCCAUUAAUCCAUUAUUAUUCGCGACGAUCAAUCCAAAUAAUUACACUAUUUACAACGUUGAUAAUCCAAAACAUAUCUUUUCAAAAAUGAUAAAAUUUUCAAUGGAAACAAUUCAAUCUGUAAUGAAAGAAAGGAACAAGAUUAGAAACAUUUCUGUCAUUUCUCAUGUCGAUACAAAAAUAAGUGAUUCACUUGUGGCACAUGCAGGUGUCAUCUCUGAAAAUAUUGCUCGAAAAGACCAUAGGGAACGUGCAUGGACCCGACAAGUCGCCUCAUCUGAUCAAUCUGCUCGACUCGCCAGGUCAAGUGGAAUUUUCGUCCGGGGUGACUGCCGCACUGCGUGUGACAGACGGUGCGCUGGUGGUGGCCGACUCUGUGAAAGAGGGCGUGAGCUCUCAGACCGGAGCAGUGCUGCGCCAAGCCAUCGCCGAAAAGAACGUACCCGUCUUUUUCAUCAACAAUUUUGA